AUGAAUCGUAGUUGGAUGAGAGCCAAUCGAUUAAGUUUCGAGUACGAAAAAGGAGUGAUGGAAUUUCUAGAGCUUGCUGAAAGUAAUGCUAAAAAAAAUCUUGCUCCUCCUAAGAGUGAUGCUGAAAAAAGUCUUCAUCUGCUUUUUCUCUGUCCAUGUGUUCGUUGUGCAAAUCACGAACCAAAACUCAAUAAGAAAGAAAUCAUGGAUCAUCUAAUUUGUCAUGGGAUUUGUCAAAGUUAUACACAAUGGAUAUGGCACGGUGAGGUAGUAGCAAAGUCAAAUGUGUCCCAAAGAGAUAAUGUUAGUGCAGAAAUGGAUGAUCGUCUGGAAGACAUGAUGCGUGAUAUUGGACAAGAUUCGUUUAAGAAGGCGCACGCGUAUGAUACUUUAUGCAGUGACAAGGAUAAACCUUUGUAUCCGGGAUGCACAAAUUUUACACGUUUGUCAGCCGUGUUAAAAUUGUUUAAUUUGAAGGCAAAUAAUGGGUGGACUGACAAAAGUUUUAGCGAAUUGCUUGAAUUGUUGACACAGAUGCUUCCAGAAGGUAACGUAAUGCCAAAUCGUUAUUACGAGGCGAAAAAGAUAUUAUGUCCGAUGGGUUUGGAGUAUGAAAAGAUACAUGAAUGCCCUAAUGAUUGCAUAUUAUACAGAAAAGAGUAUGUAAACUAUAAUCAUUGUCCGAAGUGCAAGGCAUCCCGCUACAAAAAGAAUGUUGGUGAUUCUAGUGAUGAUGAGGCGGUAAAAAAAGUUCCUCCCACGAAAGUGGUAUGGUACCUACCAAUAAUUUCAAGGUUCAAGAGACUAUUCGCUAAUGCAAAUGAUGCAAAGAAUCUUAGAUGGCAUGCAGAAGAAAGAAAGUGUGAUGGAAAAAUUUGCCAUGUAGCUGAUUCUUUACAAUGGAAGAAAAUAGAUGUUUUGUUUCCAAAUUUUGGCAAAGAGUCGAGAAACCUUAGACUUGGACUUUCAACUGAUGGAAUGAAUCCGUUUGGUAAUCUAAGUACUAACCAUACUUGUUGGCCUGUUCUCCUGAUGAUCUACAACCUAUCUCCUAGGUUGUGCAUGAAGCGUAAAUAUAUUAUGUUAUCGAUGAUGAUUUCGGGCCCAAAACAACCCGGAAAUGACAUAGAUGUUUAUCUAAGUCCUCUGAUUGAUGAUUUAAAAGUGUUGUGGGAGGAAGGGGUGGAUGUUUUUGAUGCGUAUUCUGGUGAACAGUUCAAUAUGCGUGCCAUGUUGUUUUGCACCAUCAACGAUUUUCCGGCAUAUGGCAAUUUGUCUGGUUAUAAAGUUAAAGGGCAUAGAGCAUGUCCUAUAUGUGAAAAAGACACAUGUUACCAUCAACUUGUAAAAGGAAAGAAGACUGUUUAUCUCGGGCAUCGAAAAUUUCUAGAUCGUUAUCAUCCAUAUCGUAGAUUGCGGAAAGCUUUCAAUGGAGAACAAGAGCAUGGUGUUGCUCCAAAGCCCUUAACUGGAGAGGAAGUUUAUCAACGACAACAAGGCAUUAAAGUCGUCUUUGGAAAAUACCAAAAGCAAUCUACUGUGAAAAAUAUAUGGAAAAAGAGGUCGGUUUUCUUCAAUCUUCCAUAUUGGUCUAGUCUUGAUGUAAGACAUUGUAUUGAUAUGAUGCACGUGGAGAAAAAUGUAUGUGAUAGUUUAAUCGGAACACUUCUCAACAUUCAAGGCAAGACAAAAGAUGGUUAUAAUGCUCGUCUGGAUUUGAGUUUGAUGGGUAUACGAGAAGAGUUAACUCCACAACAUAUAGGUAAUAAGAUAUAUUUGCCUCCUGCCUGCUACACUCUGUCUAAAAAAGAAAAAAUAAGUUUCUGUGAGUGUUUACAAAGUAUUAAAGUGCCGCAUGGCUACUCAUCAAAUGUCAAUAGGCUUGUCUCAGGUAAAGAUCUCAAAUUAAUUGGAUUAAAAUCUCAUGAUUGUCAUGUCUUAAUGCAACAGCUACUACCAGUGGCUAUUCGUGGGAUAUUGCCUAACAAUGUUAGGAAGACUAUAACUAGGUUGUGCUUAUUUUUCAAUGCAAUUUGUUGUAAAGCCAUUGAUCCAUUAAAGCUAGAAAUUUUGGAAAAUGAGGCUGCAGUUAUCUUAUGCCAAUUAGAGAUGUAUUUUCCUCCUUCAUUUUUUGACAUUAUGGUUCACUUGAUUGUUCAUCUAGUAAGGGAGAUUAGAUUAUGUGGUCCAAUUUAUUUACGAUGGAUGUACCCAAUAGAGCGAUACAUGAAGAUCUUAAAAGGGUAUACAAAAAACCCACACCGUCCGGAAGCAUCAACUGUUGAGAGGUACAUCGCAGAAGAAGCAAUUGAGUUUUGUUCGAACUAUUUGUCAGAAGUGGAUGUUGUAGGGGUUCCCAAGUCUCGUCAUGAUGGAAGAUGUGAGGGUGUGGGUACACAAGGUUUAAAGGUCAAGAGCUUAAGUAUUGAUGUGGUUCUUCGAGCGCAUUUGUAUAUAUUGAAUAACACGGAUGAAGUUCAACCUUACUUAUCUGCUCACAAAAGCAUCAUAAAGAAAAAGUACCCCAAGAUGAAUGAAAGAUGGUUGUUAAAAGAGCAUAAUAAGAGUUUCUCUGAGUGGUUUAAAGAAAAAAUUUCUAAUGAGGAUAGUGCUUCCAAUACAAUUAAGUGGUUGUCCUAUGAGCCUAAAUGUAACAUAAUAACUUGGAGUGGAUAUGAUAUUAAUAAAACUUGCUUUUGUACAAAGUCAAAGGAUGAUCGUAGUACCACACAGAAUAGUGGGGUUAUGAUUGUGGCCGAGUCCAUGCACUUCUCUAGUGCUAAAGAUAAAAACCCGGUUAUGGCAUCUACACCCUACUUUGGGGUGAUUGAAGAGAUUUGGGAAGUUGAUUAUGUUGUGUUUAAAGUUCCUGUAUUUAAAUGCAAAUGGAUUGAUAUCAACAGUGGUGUAAGAAUCGAUGAAUUCGGAGUUACAUCGGUUGAUCUUAGCAAGCUAGCUUAUGCGGACGAACCUUUCAUUAUGGCGUCUCAAGCAAAACAAGUGUUUUAUGUCACAGAUCCUUCUAAUAAAAGGUGGUCAGUGGUUAUACAAGGAAAGGUGCAUGAUAGUGAUGAAAACCAAGAUGCAAACCUUGAUAUUUCCGAAACUCCUCCUUUCUCAAUGAAUGUGCCUACCUUCGUUGAAGAAAACGAAGAGGAUGACGUGCAUGCUAUUCGCAUAGAUCAUGAAGAAGGCAUAUGGAAGGACUAG